GCAAUUCUGAGUCGGGAGAGAGAGAAGUAAGAUCUCUUCACCGGCCUUUAACACCAAAUAAGCUUCGAGAGUGACGGAUUUGUAGGAGAUAUAGUUUGCUGUGCUUCCUACAUAGUCCGUAGAGGGAGUUUAGAAGCUAACUGUAAAUUCUUUUCUGACGAAAGGCUUUAACAACCAAGCCUGAAGAAGUCGGGUCGGCGACUUCUUGGAGUAUCGUGCGCCGAGGUGAAUUGAUGUUCAGCUCGGCUUCACGAGAAAACAACGCUUAUUGGCACAUGAAAACCUCAGACCCUGCUGGACACAAAUGUGCAGCGAGAGGUAGACAGAAGACUACUUCGAGGACCUGGGGCCCGAUUGGAGGAGAAAGAUUGAAGAGAGACGUCUACUCGGUUAACUUUCUGACAACAAAGAGGUGACACGUAGAGCAAAAGCAGUAUGGGAGGUGGAGAGAGGUACAACAUUCCAGUUACCCACCCUGAGCGCCCUUUGGCCAAGAAGAACCACCAGCUUGGCCGGGCAAAGCAGCGAAGCCGUGACCAGAACGGAGCAGCUGCAUCCGUAGGGGGUGCAGGGGGCCUUCACCACCAUGGCCACCGACGGAGCGAGAAAGGCGCUGCCUACCACAGGUCUCCAGAGACACGGCAGGCCGUGUCUGCAGAGAAGAAUGCUUCUGUCCGUUUUUCCACCAACUAUGAUCAGAACUGGGAGGGUGCAGUGUCUCAUCUCAACACACUCCUGGCAACCCAAGGCAGCCCAAGCUAUGCAGGGCCUAAAUUCAGUGAGCCACCUUCACCCAGUGUUUUGCCCAAACCCCCUAGUCACUGGGUGUCUUUCCCUAUCGGCUCCUGUGACAACAGGGAAGUUAUGACCUUCCAGCUCAAGAGCCUCCUGAAGGUGCAGGCCUGAUGGGGGUGAUACCAGUUCUUCAUUUAAAGAAAAAAAAUAAGCCAAUGCAUGGACCCACCCACCAGGAACGCCUCAGUUCUGUAGUAUUUUUAGCUCUUUUCUUUUUCUCUCCUUUUUUUGGCUGACCUUCAAAGUUGGUGGAUGCUUGACAGGAGCAAUGUUUUGCAAUUCCUGUUUACCAUCCAUUUUAAAAAAACUGAUCAUUUAAAAUUUACAGAAUUGCAGCCUUGCUGGUCGGUGAUGCCUUUAGCGGAGUUUCUGUGACUAUGACAAACUGGAUAUUCUUUGUACUUAUGUUUUGUUUUGUUAUUUUUAAUCUUGGCUGCCAAGGCAGAUUGAGUGUGCUUUUUUCCCCAAACAAGGAUGGUAACAUUAGUCAGGUAAAUUCCCAUCACUUUUACGGUCCACUUCUUUGGACAGACAUGGUGUUUCAUUUAUGUUUCUAUGAAGAAUGAUCUUUGGAGUUAUCUCCUUAAGCUUUAGGUGCUAAAGCAGGUUCAUAUUUGUAGCAAUUUUAUUUCUUUUAAUCAAGGGCCCACUGUUGUUUAUAUAUCACAUUCAUUGUUUGGCUAAAGAAGGCACUCAACUGCAGUUCUGCAGGGAAAAAAAGAUAUUUUACAGGAGAUGAGCUGUAGUGUAACUACAGGUUAAUGGUAUAACCUCAAACGAAGGGUAGUAAGAGACCAUGGCACACUGGCUUUGGACCACCAACUCACGUACCCUUUUUUACUGCGCUGUGCGCACAUGCACUUGGAGUUGAGUGUGUCCAAGGUCUACAGCACUCUUAUCAUAGCAUUAUUUUGUAUAAGUGCUUUCUGUUGUGGUUGUUGAAAGAUGUAUAAUGUGCUGUGUAUAACCAAAGCAAUGUUUUGCUUUUCUUUUUUUGGACAUUUGGGCAGAAGGCAGUGUUGCCAUUUCCACUUGCCAACUCGAAGUGAAUGGUUUGACGUCUCCUUGAUCACCUGUUCUGAUCAGUACCGUUACUGCUCCUCAGUCUCUGCCUCUUCAGGACAGUGCCUGCAGCUCCAACAUGCGGAAGGGGGCCUUGCUUAAAUGUGGGACUACUGAGUUUUGUUUUCUCAAAAAAACCCCACAUUGCCUGGCCCUGUUGGCUGUAUGCUUUUGUGCACAAGGCGAGACAGAGCUAAGGAAUGUUUCUGAAGAGGCCCAAGCGCCUCAAUGUGAGACAGGAGGCUGGUGUUUGUGUUUACAAAUUAAGUCUCAAUGGUUAACUACCCCAUAAUCAACAGACACUUGCUGCCUGUUGUCUCUUGCACUUCUGUCCCUUAACCUUCUGCACUGCAAUCAGACUGUUUUCUUUUUUUCAUAAGUUACAGGCCAGGAUGCUGUUCAAUUAACGGAGGCGUAAUUGACUAUCUUCUAUGGAUUCUCUUUCAGUUCUCUGUUGAGGCUCUUUGCUUUCCCUUUGCAGAAUUGGAGCCAUUCAUGGCCAGCUUAAAGAUGACAAAACAAAGUAUGAAAGCUUGUGAGUUCAAGAGCCAUGUAAAUAAUGAACUGUAUAAAACACUUGUAGCAUAUGUACAUUUGCAGGCCAAGUUUGUGGCCUGUUUGACAAAAGUAUUUUUAGUAAUAACACUGAAUGUAUGAGACAUGCUAAGGUCAUGUCUUGACUUCAAUACUGAAGAAUAUUUUUGUUAAAAAAAAAAAAAGCUGCCUAUAGCAUCUAUCAGUACCCCUAUACUCUGAUCUUUCCAGAGUUAUUGCACAUUUUUUAUUGUGUAUUGUGCAGUGUAGGUUGAAAGAUGCUAAAUGGGAAAAACAAGUAAAAUAGAAAAAAAAACUCCCAAUUGGACUCUAGGAGACUUGCAUAUGUAUAGAUUUGAGUUGUGAAUGUGCUUACAAUGGUGUGUAAGCAUAGCACUUUUUUAUUUUGUUUUAUUUUUUACAAAAAAGAAAAACUGUGCCUAAGUUAAAACUCAUACUGAAACUGACCAUAAUCAUUGGUGGAAAUUCCCAAGUUGACCAAAUAUUUUCCAGACAUUUUCAGUUCUUGGCUGUUCUUCCGCCUGCUGACAAUUGAAAAUGUCUAUUAUUUUAAUUACUGCCUUUUCUUGGUUCAUGUAAACCUUUUUUUCUUGCCCAGACUAAAUCAUGCAUGGCAGUCUCCAUAUUCAAAAUUUUAAUCAGUGAAUUGGCUUUUUAAUUUGUCCCUCGGAUGAAAUGUCACCAAGAACAAUGAAAUGUGCCCUGUUUACAAUUGGUGUUAAUUUGUUACAAAAUGUAAAACAAGAAAGCACUCUUUGAAUUGAUGAAAAACUUGAACGAAAAAAAAAAAAACCUCAAACAAAAAAUUAAAUCCCCUCCCCUACCCCCCUA